AAUGAACGGAACGGUAGGUAGGAUUAAAAACGGGCGAGGUCGGCGAGGGAAGGGGAAGUUGAAGCUGGGAUGAGGGAAAUGGCAGGGUGGCUUGUGGAUGAUGGGCUAUUCGAGAACAGGAGUGGAUUACUCCUCGAUCUCCCCCAGGUUGGUGAUGUAGGGGAUGCGCACCAUCACUUCGGGGGUUGGCGGGGAGGGGAAUAGGCCAGGCUCGGAAGGUGAGGCAGUAAACACGGGAAGUCAGCAGCAGCAGUUGGUUAGUGGAGAGAGAGAGAGUAGAACGAGUGGGAAGCCCGAUACGAUGGGCGGUUUAGACUUUGUGCAAGGAAAAGAAAGCACCACGCCUGUGAAUCUGCGACAAGGCAAAAAAAGGGAAGCAAGAAGGGAAAAGGGUUAAGGAAAAUUAAGAUAGUGAAAAAGAAAGAAAGAAAAAAAAAAAAAAAAAA